AUGGGAAGCAUACGUGGAUUUCUGGACAUCGGUAUAGGUGCCAAUUUGAGUGGUCGUGUCGUUUUCGAGUUCUUUGAGGAAGCCGGCGAGGCGGUUCUGGAGAACUUUCGCUCGUUAUGCCUCGGCAAGGUCACAGGAUUAGUUCGAGGCAAGCGCCGUGCUCUAUCUUACACAGGUUGUCGUGUCUAUCGUGUCAUUGCUGGUAGUUAUCUUGAAUGUGGUGAUUUCGAGCUGAACAAUGGCGAUGGCGGCUCUAGUGUGUUUGGGGGUUACUUCAAAGAAGCCCCUAACACACGUAGACAUUCCUAUGCAGGUUUGUUAUCAAUGAAACGGAUGGGAGCUGAGGGAUUCGGUUCUCAAUUCUUUAUAACGUUUGGCCGCAAUCCUCAACUGGAUAAUCAGCACCUUAUAUUUGGUCGCGUGGUCGAGGGUAUGGAAUUCGUACGUGCAAUCGAGCACGUCGCAGUAGACGCACGCAACGUUCCCCGUGUUGAAGUGGGAGUGCUCCGAUGCGGUUUAUUGCUUUACAAUCCCAAACAGGCUGAUCGUAUGUCUAAGCAGCGGGACCUAGUGAACAACCUUAUGGAGUCUUUGCGUCCGCAAGAGAGCGAGUCGGAUGAUGACGCUACUGAAGAGAUACGCUGCCUUUAUACUGGCAAGGUAAUAAAAAAGCGUUCGUUGAGAGCUGAUACUGCUGCUGCAAUUGGUAAGCAGUAUCUCAAUGAUGCUCUCGGUGGCAAGAGCAUACAUCUGGUACCACACUACGAUGCGGAAAGCGAGUACCAGUAUUAUGUGGAAUCUGAAGAGAGUACUGAUGUUCAACCUCCGACAACAGCUCCAUCAAGUCCAUCGGAUGAGGUGAGUGAGUCUGAUGACUCCGUUUCAAGCGACGAUGACGACGGCGAUGAGACUGACCCCGUCGCUCUGAAACUAAAGGCGCUGAGCAACCGGCUUGACGAAUGUUCACGUCUGAAUCAUGAGGCCGUUGCCGUUGAGAAUGAGCUAGGAGGUGAUGCCAAGAAGCUCAAUGAGCAUUAUAGGGAUGUUCUUGGUCUGCGUGAGGACAACUCAACGGUGAACUUUAAUCGCAACCCUGGCCUGAAUAAGGCCGCUAUCGCAGUAGAAAAGCAGCAUGAUCGUGAAUUAAAGAAGGAAAAGGGCAAGAGCUUCGGUUGGAAUGUGUUCAACCAAGAUGCCCUUUACAGGGCUCACAAAAAGAGGUUGAAGGAAACUACAUUUAACCGUGAUGAGUAUGAGCUGCAGAAGGCGCAGAUGGGUGAUAAGUUCUAUCAGCCGGGCAUAACUACGGUUGAACCUACGGAGGCUGCCAAGUUAAGUGUUGUACGCAAUUUAGAGAAGCAAUAUAAGCAAAGGGAAAAGUUCAGCCGUCGGCGUGCAUUAGACGACGAUGCAAAGGAUGUUUCAUAUAUCAACCAGCGCAACCGUGUGUUCAACCAGAAGCUUGAUCGUGCAUUCAAGAGUCACACAGCCGAGAUUAAGCAGAAUCUGGAGCGGGUCGGUUACACAUAUGACGACCUUAUCCUUCUACCAGGCUUUAUCUCUGGCCCUAUCAGCGAUGUCAACCUCGCCUCCAAUCUUACGAGGAAGAUACGCAUCAAUACACCUAUUGUAUCUUCUCCUAUGGAUACAGUCACAGAGUCUAAGAUGGCCAUUGAGUUAGCGCUUCAAGGUGGUAUUGGUGUCAUUCACAACAACCUUACGCUUGAAGAGUCGGUGGAAGAAGUGAGGAAAGUGAAGCGUUUCGAAAAUGGUUUUAUUGUUGAUCCUUACACGCUCACGCCACAGCACACCGUUGAGGACUGGAUGACCAUCCGUGACAAAUAUGGUUACCGCUCAAUCCCGAUUACUACUAAUGGUAGACGUGGUUCUAAGUUGGAGGGUAUUGUGACCAGUGGUGACGUCUGCUUUGUCAGCGACAAAUCUACAAAGAUUGAAGAGGUUAUGACCCGCGAACCCAUAGUCGGCAAGCACCCCCUUACGCUCCAGGAGGCCAAGAAGAUUCUUUUUGAAAUAAAGAAGGGUGUACUUCCAAUAGUGAACGAUAAUGGUGAGCUGGUUUCGAUUGUGAGCCGAAGUGAUAUCAAGAAAAACCGAAAAUUCCCCAAUGCUUCUCUGAAUGAAAAUUCGCAGUUGCUUGUGGGCGUAGCUAUUUCAACACAGUCUGGUUCAUUGGAGAAGGCAGCAAGGCUCCUCGAAGCUGGAGCUGAUGUUCUCGUGAUUGAUUCUAGCCAGGGUAACAGCGUUUAUCAGAUUGACUUAAUCAAGCAAUUGAAACAGACAUACCCCAACGUUCAAGUCAUUGGAGGUAACGUGGUAACUGCUCGUCAGGCCAAGAACCUUAUUGACGCUGGCGCUGACGGUUUACGUGUUGGUAUGGGUAGUGGUUCAAUUUGUUCGACUCAAGGUGUCUGUGGUGUUGGUAGACCUCAGGCCACUUCUGUAUACUACGUUUCACGUUUCGCGAGGGAGUACGGCAACGGGUGCCCUGUUAUAGCUGAUGGUGGUAUUCGCAACUCUGGUGACAUUAUGAAGGCUUUGGCUCUUGGCGCCAGCUGUUGUAUGCUUGGUGGCGCUAUAGCUGGUACUAUCGAGAGUCCCGGUGAUUUCUUUUACCACAAUGGCAUUCGUGUGAAGCAAUACCGUGGUAUGGGUAGCAAGGCCGCCUUCAUGACAGCUCGCCACAAGACCCAGAACAGCGGUAGUAUCCGUCGUUACCACAUGGAGGAGGAUCAGCCCAUGGUUUCACAAGGUGUCGCUGGUUACACUACUGACAAAGGCAGUGUCAACACCCUUAUUCCCACCAUGAUGCAGGCUGUAAAGCAUGGUAUGCAAAACAUUGGUUUCUUUGAUAUUCCUUCUCUCCACGAAGGGUUGCACAGUGGUUCCGUACGUUUUGAGGUUAGAUCUCACAAUGCUAUCCUUGAGGGUAACGUAUCAACGAACCUUAUGAUGCAGAAUCAGUCCUGA